UUUUCGGAUCAAUUAAAGUUGUUAUCAUUACGAAAACAGCUAUUCCCUGAGAAAAUGCUUAAGUUUGAACCGGAACUGCAGUUACGGGGCCCUCUGCACAAACAUAACAAGGAUUGGUACGUGCCUUUCUUAGGAGCUGACAAGUUCGUAGUGUACCGUACUCAACAUCGGUCGUAUUUUGACGGGGAGAGGCCGGUGCAAUUCGAGGUGUACUACAAGACGAGAAGCCUGCUGAAUACUUUACUGUUCGCUAUUGCUGCGGCUUUCUUAUUCGUGAUGUCAAUGGUUUCCAUCACGAGGAAUCUAGUAAUAAAUUAUCCUAGUUUCUUUUCUGCUGGAAUGUUUACAAAGGAAGGGCCCAGUGAAGACGUGAUAAACAAUUGCCAUUUUCGAGUGGAACUGGUCGGAAAAGGGUGGGAGAAAGGGGUAGACACAAAACGCACGCCGAUGAACAAGACCAUGGUUGCAAGGAUAUCAGGAGUGAAUCCUGGGUACGGAGCUACAGUUCUUGGAGUAUUACAUAGCGCUCUUACUAUCCUAUGGGAACAGCAUAAAAUGCCCAAAGGCGGAGUUCUAACAACUGGGGCAGCUUUUAGUAACACCACUCUUAUUGAACAAUUACAUAAGAAUGGCUUCAAAUUCGAAAUUGUUAAAUAGAAGAUUAAGUUAUUUUAAAUAAAUAUAUUUUGUUUGUAAAUGUUUGAGUAGGUAUUUAUUUUAAGCAUAAGAACUUUUAUAUUUUUAAAUUUACUA